AUGAGUGCUAUAGAUCAUAUCCGGGACAUGGCCGCCGCUGGACUUCACUCUAAUGUGCGGAUUAUGAGCAGUUUGUUGCUGACGAUGAGCAAUAACAACCCAGAACUGUUCACUCCAGCGCAGAAGUACCAGCUGCUGGUGUACCAUGCAGAUGCCAUCUUCCAUGACAAAGAAUACAGAAACGCAGCCUGUAAAUACACCAUGGCCCUGCAGAUGAGGAAAGUCCUGAGCAAAACCUCAAAAGUGAGGACUUCAGCCGGAGGAGCUUCAGCCAACAUCCAAGCACAGAGUUUACCAUCAGAAAUUGAAGUCAAGUACAAGAUCGCUGAAUGUUACACGAUUUUGAAACUAGACAAAGAUGCCAUUGCUGUGCUUGAUGGAAUUCCUUCUCGGCAGCGGACACCGAAGAUCAACAUGAUGCUGGCAAACCUGUACAGAAAAGCGGGUCUGGAGAGGUCUGCGGUCACCAGCUACAAAGAGGUGCUCAGACAGUGCCCCCUCGCUCUGGACGCCAUCAUCGGCCUCCUGUCGCUGUCAGUGAAAGGGGCAGAAGUGGCCUCUAUGACCAUUGAUGUGAUUCAGACCAUCCCAAACCUGGACUGGCUCUCGGUCUGGAUCAAAGCCUAUGCCUUCAUCCAUGUGGGGGACAACCAGAGGGCCAUCAACACAAUAUGCUCUUUAGAGAAGAAGUCUCUGCUGAGAGAUAACGUAGAUCUGUUGGUGAGUUUGGCGGAUGUUUACUUCAGAGCCGGAGACACAAAAAACGCCAUCCUCAAAUUUGAACAAGCUCAAAUGUUGGACCCUUAUUUGAUUAAAGGCAUGGAUGUGUACGGGUAUCUUAUGGCUCGUGAAGGACAUUUAGAAGAUGUGGAGGUUUUGGGAGGACGGUUGUUCAACAUUUCAGACCAACACGCCGAGCCCUGGGUCAUUUCUGGAUGUCACAGCUUCUACAGUAAACGAUAUUCUCGUGCUCUGUACCUCGGGGCCAAAGCCAUCCAGCUGAACAGCAACAGUGUGCAGGCUCUUCUCCUGAAGGGGGCAGCACUGAGGAACAUGGGCCGAGUGCAAGAGGCUAUAAUCCACUUCAGAGAAGCCAUGCGCCUGGCCCCAUGUCGACUGGACUGCUACGAAGGCCUGAUUGACUGUUACCUAGCGUCUAACGGGAUCCGUGAGGCGAUGGGAAUGGCCAACAAUAUUUACAAGACUCUGGGCGCAAACGCUCAGACGCUCACCAUCCUCGCCACGGUCUGUCUGGAGGACCCGGUGACCCAGGAGAAGGCCAAGAGUCUGCUGGACAAAGCCCUGGCCCAGAGACCGGACUACACCAAGGCCGUGGUCAAGAAGGCCGAGCUGCUGAGUCGAGAGCAGAAGUACGACGAGGGAAUCGCUCUUCUGAGAAACGCUCUGGCCAAUCAGAGCGACUGCGUGCUGCACAGGAUGCUGGGAGAUUUCCUGGUGGCGGUGAACGACUACCAGGAGGCGAUGGACCAGUACAGUAUCGCUCUGAGCCUGGACCCGAACGAUCAGAAGUCUCUGGAAGGGAUGCAGAAAAUGGAGAAGGAGGAGAGCCCGACGGACGCCACGGUGGAACUGGACGGAGACGACAUGGAGGGCAGCGGCGAGGAGGGCGAGCUGGAGGGCAGCGACAGCGAGGCGGCGCAGUGGGGGGACCAGGAGCAGUGGUUUGGGAUGCAAUGA